AUGCCCGGGAAACUCCUGGAUCGCAUGGGGCUUCAGCCAGCGGCAGCUGCUGGUGGAGGUGGAGGCCACCACGGCUGUCCUCGCUGGCGCCUUGGUCCUGGAACCUCCCAGCAAGAUGGCACUCUGUCUGUCCUAGUCCAGUUAACUCCCCCAGCCGUGCCCCCUCCUCCCGUGGAUAUUUGCACUCAGAUACGUGAAGGCGGUAGACACCGCAGGGAUGAGAAGGAAAUGGAAACAAUUGGGAAAGUGGUGCCAAGUGACUCAGGCUUUGAACUGAGGACGGGGAAAUCCUCCCGAGCCCGUCGCGGCCACCGCCCCUGCCCCACUCGCGGUCCGCGACAGCCCGUGGGUCCCCAGGGAGUUGGUCCUGCGCUAGUUUCAAGCUUGCUGUUUGCUUCUCGCGUGGCCCCACCGACGGCGCCUCUCCGCGCAACCCCACGCUUGGCGCGAGCUCGCUCUCCCUCUUCUCUUAGGGUUGCAGCCGCGCCUCCCAAGCAUUCUUUAAACCAGAAAUGUGGGAGGGACUCCGAAAGGGAGGGAGUAAAGGAGGGGGGCAGAGAAAGAGGACUCGAGGAGGGGAGCGCGCCAGAGCGCGGGGGACGGAGGGAGAGGAGGAGCGCGGGAGCGGCGGAGGCGAUCCCGCGAAUUCAUUACUGUAAACAUCUCCCGGGGGUGUCAGGAGGGGUGGGGGUGGGGGCCGCGGCGUCUACAUUAGCCCGGCCGCGUCCGAGCGUGGCAGCAGUGAGGUCGGAGCAGCCUCGGGACCCACACCGGGGCCGGCGCCGCACUUGGAGCGAGCCCCGCGCCCGCCCCCGCGCAGCCCCGCGCUGCGCCCGGGUCCGGGGCUCUGAGCGGUCAGCUCCGGGCGCGCACGCCCGGCUCUCGGGCCGCCCCCCGAGGUCCUCCGCUUUCGCGGAGCUCCGGCGCUGCGGGGCCUCUUUCCGCUGCCUUCCCCUCUCGCCCUCUUCUUUCGGGACUCGUGGCGCGGUCGAGGCGGAGAGGGGGAGGCGGAGGAGGACCGGAGGCGGGGGCCGCGGCGGCGGGAGCCGAGAGAAAGUGGCAUGCCCGAACCCUGGAGGCGGAGGUGGCGGAGGAAGGGGGAAGACGAUGCCGCGGCUCCGUAGGGGAGAAAGGCGAGAGCGAGCGAGGCGAGCGAGGCGAGUGGGGCGCCCGGGCUCCGGCCGGCUGCGGGGAGGCGCGCGCCGCUCUGAGGCUCCGGCCUCCGCACCCCCGAGCCCCGACGCUGCGGGCGACAGGGCUGGGCUUCGGCAGCCGCCACCGUUGCCGCCUCCGCCACCCGGAGGACCGAGCAAAAGUUUGGAUCUGGGGGAGGACGCGGCGCUGAGCGAGAUUACCACCGGGGCUGGAAGGAGACCUCGAGAACCUUCGCAGGUAAUGCGCACCCCCAACCCUCUGCUUCCGUGCCCGGCCGCUGGGCUUCUGCUCAUUCCCAGCGCCUUUGCUGACCCUGGCCAGACAGAUCUGACUGAAAGUAAGAGGGAAGCGAAGUUGGAGAUCCCGGGGAUGGGCACCAAGCGCGGGGAGAUCUACAGUCAGGUUAGAGGGACCCGCGGCGCUUCUCUGCCCCCGGUGGGCAGCUGUGCGGGGAGGCGAAGCUCCCCCUGGGGAUGGAGGAGAACCCUCGGCCCCAGCUGGGGCCUCUUUUCGUAGCUCGUUGGAAAUUGAGAAUGUGGAUUGGGGGGCUUUUAGUAUUCUUCAAUCCGGGGGAAUGAUGCAUGGAUUGCACUAAUUCCCAUCCUCACCUUCACCCUCUCUCUCUCUCAGCCUUAUUUAGCGUCUUUUAAAGAUGAUAGGAGCCCACUCCCAUUCGCCCACUCCGUUUAGCUGGUGCAGGAAAGCAAAUCUGGGCGUGUGUGUGUGUGUGUGUGUGAGAGAGAGAGAGAGAGAGAGAGAGAGAGAGAGAGAGAGAGACAGAGAGAGACAGAGAGACAGAGAGAGGGGGAAAGAGAGAGAGAGAGCGCGGGAGGGAGGAGGAGAGAAAUUCAAGGAAAGGGAAAAAUUUUACCUUUCCCCCCUUUGACAUCCUCGGAUCGUUCCCUUCCUCCCUCCUUCCAUUCACCUUCUGGUGUCAUAAAAUAAAAACUUUAGAAGUCACAUUUUUAUUGCAGACUGAUAAGAAAAGCAUUAACCAUUGACGACGUGAGUUUGCAGUGUUUGUAGUGUGUGUGUGUGUGUGUGUGUGUGUGUGUGUGUGUGUGUGUGUGUUGGGGGGGGUAGUGGUAUUGCGGAGAGGCCGGUUUUUCCGUGGUGGCCUGAUGCGCCAUGGUGUGUGUGUGUGGGGGGGGGUGAGUGUUAGAGUGUGUGCACUUGGGGCGGGGGUGGGGGGUGUGCAGCGGAGAGAAUAUGGUCACGUUUCCCAGAACAGCAGCCUUACUUGAGCUAACUAAGAAAAGAGCUCCUGCUUUUCCCUCAGAGAGCUACAGAAAGAUUCCAGCCCCAACUCUCCAACCUCCCCUUUCCCCCCUGUUGAGUUUUGAGUUUCAAAGCAGCUCCUCCUUUGCUGCUGCCACCAUCACUAUUAGGAUCAUUAUUUAUUCACCUGGAAGCUCAUCUUGACUCCUCUUGUAAAUGGAAAUCAGUCUCCAAGACCUUUUGAUUAAUUUUAGUGGAAGGAAUCUCUUGUAAAGCUUACAGUAAGCUAAUCAAGUGCAAGGCGCAAAUCCGUGUAAAUGCUCACGCGGGAGUGCAAGGUGCUGAUUAGGUUUCUUCACAUGCUGCAUUUGCUAUGCAAAGCCCCAUCUAAAUGGGAGCAUUGCUUCCCACUCAGCUGGGAGGCUCUUAAAUCACACAGCAUCUCAGGGAGCUUUGGGGCAUGUCCCCUUGCUCACAGGCUGAUUGCUAAAUGUAUUAGUGUGACUUCUCCUAGCCAAAAGCUAGUAUGUAGGCUAGCUUCCAUAUAGGAACCCAUAUUGUCUGUGGACUUAAGUGAUAUGACCUUCUUAAGUCUCCAGUGAAAGGAUCCCCCAACCAUUUUGAGGUAAUAGAAUGCAGAUUGGCGUUUGUCCGGGGAUGUAUUUAGUUGUUGCAGUAUAAACGUAAAAUUUUAGGUCAGUAUUUAAAGUGUGAGAACUGGACUUUUUUUCUUUUUUAUCACUAAGCAAUAUGCAGCAGAUUCAUAAGAUCGACAGGCCACCAUAUUAGAAGAGAAUAAAUCUUUGGGGAAUACACAUGCCAUGAAAAGUUGCCCGUUCCCCAUGAUGCUAUUGUUCUUCCAAAUAUAACUUUUCUUCCUCUCCUCCUCAAAAGCCCCAAACAGGAUAGGGUUAAACCAUUUAAGACUUUUUAAUGAUCAUCUAUGGCAGUGCAACACCAUACUGUCAUGUUGAAUUGCCAGUAUGUGAGUGGAGGAGGUAGGAAAAAGAAAUUUCAAGCAUUAUUCAAUGUCUCUGCCAGUAGGUACAAGAAAUCAUAAAAAGAAUUGGGCUAGCUGUGUAGCAGAACCUAUUACAAAUACAAACCUAGCAUGGAAAGAAUGCUGGGUUUUGUUUGUUUGUUUGUUUGUCUUAAUGCCCAUGUCUGAACACUUCAGUAGUUUCAUUGCAGUUUUAGAAAUUCCUGGGGGGAAUUUCUUCUUUAACAGAAGAAAGUAGAUUCCCAAAUGACACCAUGCUGGGCUGCCUUGAGGUUCCCUAGGUAGUCAUGGUUUUUCUCCCCCCUAUGCUAGGUUUCAGAUGAUGUGAUCUUAUCUGAGUUUGACUUUGACCGGCUGGAUCUAAUUUGAACCUCCUCUGAUGCCUGUUACAUUUAUAUUCUGGCCUGCUGGAGAGUUUGAUUUAGGAUUUAGACAUAUCUCCCUGAAGCAACCUUAUAUCUUCCCAGUUUGAAGCUGUGGUUUCAAGAAAGGCUCAAGUAUGUACGUCCAGAAGCUUUAUUCUGUAGAGACUCAGUGUGAACAUCUGAUCUAGUUUGGCUCUUUGGUCUUGUAGCCUACAAGGAAGAAUUCCCGCUUCUGCAAUGAGCAGUGUCUGAAGUUAAAAAAUAGCAAAGGGUGUGUGUGGGGGGGGAGGGGUCUCGGUUUUGCUCACUAUUUAGAAGAUUCAAAAAAGGUCAAGGUGAUGCAGUUUUAUUUCUAUUCAGGUCAGACCUUUCUGGAUAAUCACCUUUUGGUAUUUUUACUUUAAUUUCAAUUCAAGUUCAUUUUUCACUAGAUUACUUUAAUAACUUUGUGGUUUCUGCCAUGGUGAUUCAAAUUCAGUCCAUUAGUGACCUCUAUCUGUGAGAAGUGAAUACUCAUUGUUUUUCUUUUUCUCAUCAGUCUGCAGAUUAUGUAGGGGGAAAAAAACCCAAAGGCUCUGUAGUUCUUUCGGAAUAUUUAGAUUUCCGAGCCUGAUUUUUCUAAUACGGAGUUCAGUAUGGGUAAUGAUAUUUAACAACAGUAAUAAAAUGUUACAGGCUAAUAGGCUACUAAAUGGUUAUUCCAUAUAGCAUCGACAGUAUGAUCAAUAUAAAUAAAAUACCAGUGCUAUCCACUGCCAGUAAAAAGAUUGUACAGUCAGGUAGACUAAUGUUUUGAGACUCACAAUGCUGCUGGAUGUAAGUGAAAUUUUAUUGCCCCUAAGUGCUUACAUAACAAGGGAAGCUUGAGACAGGCUCAGAACAUAUAUGUGAUAACUAGACUUCAUGGUAGCAGUGUGUGUAUGUCUUUAAAUUCAGCUGUGCUUCUGCUGUGAACUUAUGGGACAGAUCAAGGACAGGCGAGGUGGGAUGUGAGAAGGGUGUCUAUAAACAGAUGGUCUUUUAAGGAGACUUUUAAAAUCUGAUUCCUAAUCCCAGCUUUGUCUUCUGAGGGUUUUGAAAUUGAAAUUUCAAUUUGGGUUGAUUAUCCUAAAUGGUAAUUGAAGACAAAGUUUACUGAAUUUCUUAGGUGGGUGGAUACCAUUAUCUGACAUUUUCCAGAUGGUUUUUGAUGGAGUGGUAUUCAGGGAUAUGGAAUUUUUAGGAGGUUUUCUUUCUUUUCCCUUGGGCAGGUUUUACGCAAAAGACAUUUUUAAAGACAUUAUUAUUAUUAUUAUACAACCAUUAUAAUACCCUAGCCAACUUUCUUUCUUUUCCCCGCCUUCCAAAUGCUCUGCUUUUUAAAAGUUACGUAUUUUUUUUUCUAGAACUACAUGUUGGGGAUAGGAAUAUGACUCCCAGUAUCUUUUUACUCUUUUCAGCAACGUGAACUCCAAUUAAGUAUCUGUUUAUAGUAAAACACACACACACACACUCACCUACACAUCAAGAACCCUUUUAAGACAGAGAUUCUUUUCAAGGUUUUAAAUAUGGUUCUUUUUAAAGAGCUAUGACACAAAUAUUGUAAUAAAAAUAUCCUGUGUUCCGAUGAAUACAGAGACUUAUUUCAGUAGCAUGGAACAGUAAAACACUGUAUUAGCAAAAUAAUCAGUGGUAUUUUCAGUACAUGGUCAAAAUCUGUUAGAACCUUCAUGGGUUUUUUUUUUCUUUCUUUCUUGGCGGAUUUCACAUCUACUGGUCUUUUUUGGUUUUCUUUGAUUCCUUCUACUGAGGCUCUUUGAAGUGAUUCAAAAUUAAACAGUAGCUACUUUUUUUUAGGGAAAUUCAUCAUGGUAUAUUCAGGAUUCCAGAAGAGUUAAUGAUGCAGAAAAAGUCCUGUAAAACAUCUUUCUAAAAGAAGUCCUUCUCUUGUGGGCUUCCCACUUACUGGCCUCCUGUACCAUUUGCAGUGAAUUGGAACUCCGUUAUUUAUUUAUUUUUCAAAUACCACCUCUAACUUAAUUUAAUGUGGGAUGUGUUUCUGCAGAAGCAUGCAGCACCAUGUGUCUCGAGUCUCCUGAACAAAGCAGUGUCGUUUUUAUGGAUCUGUAAUAAGGGAAAGUCAAAGAAAAUAUCCUUGUAUACUUUGGGAAGUCAAAAGGCCACAUUCACGAUUCUCAAACACUGGUCAGUUAUUCUGCUGAUGCUUAAUAAGGCCACACGUUUUCCGGCAGUUUAGUGGUUAAAGACCUCAGCCAUUUUUUUUUUUUUUUAAGCAUUCACAGAGUAAAUCUCUGGCCCUCCUACCCGUUAGGCGCUCAUUAGAGCUGAGCAGUUUUUCUCACUUUCUUCCCUGGUUGCUUUUAAGGGAAUGUGCAGGAAACUUGGCAAAAGUUCCUCUGUCCCCUUCAGUUCACAGGUCAUGUGUUAUAUUUCAGUUCUCUUUAUUAGAGCUUUCAAGACACAGAUAAAAGAAUCUUCUAUCUGAACCUUUUAAGAACCUGAGGGCUUUUGGAUUUAAACCCACCAAAAAAUAUCAGGUCUCAAAGUUCAUAGAAGCUAUUAGGUCCUUGGAAUAUCGAAACCCCCUUCAACAAAGAGUACAAGAACAGUGGCUCCUAAAGUCUGUUCACAAAUAUAGUGGCCACUGAAGUCAACAGAGGUCAUGAGCUGAAUGGAAAACAUUAGACUCAUAUCAGUCCCGAAAUAGGUCCAUGUGCUGGUGUCACUCUUAUCCCCAGCUGCCUAGGGGCGUCACUUUCAUGAAAAUCCAGUGUCAAAAUAGCCUCUGUGAUAGUUUCCUUUCCCACUUUGCUCCAGAACUUGGACUUAAGUAUUUUGAAGAAGGAAAUAAUGCAGGGAAUUCUAAUACUCCUCAUAGAUAGAGGGAGGUGAACGUUACGGAAGUAGGUUGGAGAAGCAUUUGACAUAGAGGUUCCAGAAAAUUCUGUCUAGGCUCCGAGGGAUGAAAUUGAUUCAUACUUAGCCUUUCCCCCUCUUCUUGUACCUUUUCCAAUUAUCACAUGCGGGAUUUUAUUGCUCACAACUGCCUCUGUGAGUUGGUCUGAGAAAGCCCUAUUAGUCUAGUGUCUCACUGGAUGAUGGGAACCAGAAACAAGUAGAAGGCUACGUAAGUCUGCAUAGAGUUCCCUUUGAGAUCCUUUGGCUUUGCACAAAAUGAUGAACGUUACAUUUUAUCCCAUAGAUGUUGAGUUCUCCAGAUACAGUUUAUAAGUUUCUUCCUUUACCAACCUAACCGAAAGAUUAGAGUUGGAUUUUUUAUAAAAAUAGUAACAAUUAUUUAAAUCACAUAAAUAUUUAGAACUAAAUAAAUAGCAUUUCUUGUCUCCCCACCAUUAUAUUAGAUGCAAGUUUUCCUGUUAUGGAUGGCUUUAAUUUUAUGAUGUAGGCCUUGUGAUUUGGGACCUUAACUGUGGUGGGGAGUGAGCGGUAGGGAGAUUGUUGUGGAGGAAAGAAAAUAUAUGUCCAUAUAAAGAAAACCUGUAUUCUCAUGUCAGCACACUGCUUUCUACAUUAUGACUUUGGACAAAUUACUUAAUCUGCUGGAGACUUAAUUUCCUUUCUGCAGAGUUCCACAGGGUUGGUGCAGGGUCAGAUGAGAUUAAUGUGUGGGAAAAUACCAUGAUAAUCAUACAGUGUUAUAGUUCCAUAAAGGCGCAUUAUUCAAAUUGAUAACAUUUACCUAUGCAAGACUGUCAUAUGCCAGGAUAGUUCUAGGUCUUAUAUUAAGACAGUGUCCUGCCUUCCAGGAGCUUUGGUUUUUGUGAAGGCCAUGAGAUAUCUAUCACCCAAGCAGUAAAGUGUCAGUGAAGUGUCCACAUCAUUUUUUCCUUUCAUUUAAUGGUGCAUUUUCUUCUUUUGUGAGUUUUCCCUGUUUUGAUGCAAGUAUUCUUUUCAAGAAUCAAGGGUAAUUAUGGUGAGAUCUGUGUAAGGGCCAAGCUUCCCAUCCUUGACAGGUUGGCUUAAUGUUAGAAACUGAAUUUAUCACAAAUGGAUUCCACUGAGGAUCUUUUGGGAAGAAACCAUUAACAUUCCCCGCAGUAAGGCUGUUUCUCUUCUUGGGUGCAUUUAUGCUUCAGUCAUCCAAGUUACCUUUUGCAAAACACAAGUCAUUAGUAGAAUAUAUGAUGGUAUUGGGGCACCUGGGCGGCUUAGUUGGUUAAGCACCUGACUUUGGGCUCAGGUCAUGGUCUUGUGGUUCUUGAGUUCGAGCCCCGUGUCAGGCUCUGUGCUGACAGCUCAGAGCCUGGAGCCUGCUUCAGAUUCUGUCUGUCUGUCUCUCUCUCUGCCCCUCCCCUGCUCAUGCUCUGUCUUUCUCUGUCUCUCAAAAAUGAGUGAACAUUUAAAAAUUAAAAAAAAAAUAUAUGUAUAUAUAUGAUGGUGUUUAAAACUUUGGUUUUGCAACAUGAGACAGGCUGGUGAAAAGCCUGCCUUUUUGGUAGAGCAAACCUAGUGAGCUCAUUACCAAUGAGUGGAAAGACUUGAUUUAUUAAGAUACCAAAUUACUCUCCAAAGGUUGGCCUUAUUUUGACAUUGUUAGUGUCACAAAACCCUUGUGGGACAGUUUUUUGCAACUUAUUUUUCCAUAGUGUUUUUCAAUUGCGUUUUUAUAACUGUCACAUCUGAGACAUUUUAAUUUUAAAUGUUUCAAGAGUUAGCGUGUUUAUUUUACUUUCCUGAUUUGUAUACAUGUAGGACCUUGUAAAGGUGAAUUUGUAAUCAUUUUAUGGUUGCUUAAUUGAAGCUUGCAGAAAACACAUGCAUAUGGGAAGUGUAUUUGUAAAAUGUAUGGUUAGGUUGUGAUUCUUGAUCAGAAGAAUGUAUUUAUCAGUCAUUUGGACUUAUGACAAUCUGUAUUUAAUAAUGUUCUUUUCAGUUUCUGACUUACAGUUUGCCAAAGUUCUGACACUGCCUUCCUUUUUCUUUUUCUUUCUUUCUUUCUUUCUUUUUUUUUAAUUGAUGAGUAUUUUAGCAGUAUGUUGUAAAGUACCUGGCCAUAUAACUAUAUUUUUACAUGACAAAUUACCUUUGUAGUUUGGCAAAAUUAAUCUGAGUGCUUUCUGUUCUGGCAGUGCUGAGUGACAUAAUAAUAACAUUUGAAGAAGGAAAAUGUUUGCAACUACUCUGAAGAGUUCUGCUAAUAAAACAAGAAGAAUCUGGAGGUCCUAAGGAAACUCUAAAUAAAGAGAAGCACAAAAUGCAAUGAAGGGAUAUAUUUUUGUGUGAAUGGCUUGAUACUCAUGAAGGAGAUAUGAUUCUUUUAGAGACAGAAGGUAUGCACCAGAUGAUAAAGCUUUUCCAUUCAUCCAGGAGGUGACUUUUAGCACUUACUGUAUGCCAGCCAUAGAGUAGGACUGGAGAGGCAACAAUGAUGCAGGAGGAUCCUUGUCCUUGAGGCUGCCCAGGCUGGGGAGGAGAGAGGGAGACACAAAACCUAAUUGCAUUAUACUUCUACGUGACCGAAGAUUAGUCAACCCUAAGAAAUGUGCCAGGAAUACACAGUAUUAAUGAAAACCAUGGACAGAUUUUUCAACAUCUUUAAAUUUUUUUUAAUGUUUAUUUGUUUUUGAGAGAGAGAGAGAGAGACAAAGUGUGAGCAGGAGAGCGGCAGAGACAGAGGGAGACACAGAAUCCAAAGCAGGCUCCAGGCUCUGGGCUGUCAGCACAGACCCCAACGUGGGGCUUGAAUUCAUGAGCCACAGAUCAUGACCUGAGCUGAAGUCAGAUGCUUAACCGACUGAGCCACCCAGGAGCCCCUUCAAUGUCUUUUAGUCUUUAUGUCUAGUAUAAAAUGGGAGAAAACAUUUUCUACUCACCGAGCUGUUCUUCUGAGAGGGUUGAGAUAAUUAUAUAAAAUGCCCCCCUGUGUGGCACACGGUAGAGGCUUAAUAGAUGCUGACUGCAGAUCCUUCUCUCUCCAAAAUGAUGAUGAUUCCCCAUGUUACUUUUCCCCUUCUACAAAUAUCUUUGCCAUUUCUCUGGAAUCCCAAAAAAGGCGUUUGACCCCUUGAACCGAUUCACCAACAAGAUACAGCUUCUUCUGCAAAAUAAAAUCUCAGUAGUAUGCGUAUAACAGAGCAUGAAAAGGACAGCAAAGGAAAUAAGCACUUCACACGGUGGCAGAAUGAGCUCAUAGCUAGUGGUGUAUCUCAGUCCGCUGGUGUCAUAGGGGUCGGAGAAGGGAGGGGAACAGAAACGAGGACACUUUCGUCUGAGUUCUGGGGAAUCAGAAAGUGGUGUCAACGGGGGCUUGUCGAACUUAUGGUUUUGCUGUUAUGGUUGUGGAUGUUGUUGUUGUUAUUGUUGUUCAUUGAAAGCACAGGCUUUGGCACUCGAAGAGUGCUUCUCCAUGCAGCCCCCUUCACCUCCACGCACCCUUCCGGGGUGGCCAAUGCCUGCAGCUUGCAACAAAGUCCUGCGUCCAGACUGUGACACUGGGCUUAGUGAGCUACGGUUAGUAGGUCUUUGCCAAUGUACAGAGAUUUUUAUCCGGAUGAAUUUUAAACGCUUGCUGCACACAAUUCAUCUCACACAUGACCCUUGGCAGAGUCCUGAGAGUAUUUUAUCGUAGAAGAUUAACACACAAAUUAUUGUUAGGUUUAUAUAAUGCUUAGUUUGUACUUAUAGAAUGAUUGCACCUUGCUGGUAUAAUGACAGAUGCCUGAAUCCGAAUGAUGCUAGUGGAUUAUCAGUUUAAUGUGGAACUAUUUCUUCCAGAAAGUAAUUUCCAGUGAAAUUAAGCAAAGGGUCUUCUAACUGCUUCUAUGGGAGAUAUUCUGAACAAAUAUAGUGCUCAAGGUCACUGGUCAAAAUACACAAUGCUGGGGUUAUUUUUCAUUUAUCACCGUAAUUGAAUGUAUGUAUAGUAUAAGUUUUGCUUUCUACUCAACCAUUAAAAUUUAGGUGUUUCCCCCCAGUAUAAAUCUAUAAAUUUAUUGCUGUAGGAAAUUAUAGUUAACAAGCUGUUAAGCAUGUCCCAGACCUCCAAGUCCUGAAGUGCGGAAGCUUUUCCUGGGAAGAUCACAUAAUAUAUAAUGUGGUAUAUAUACAUAUAAUUAAUCAAAUUGGAGAAGAGAGAAGCAGACACUAGAGCAUAUUUUGUAAGGUGUCCACAUCUUGGUAAGUAGCUUCUGAACCAAACGUUCUACCCGGCGUAAAACAGUAAGACCUUGUUUUGCUACUUUAGAACAUGUAAGAGAGAUUAACAUUCUUUGGAAAGUAGUUUAAAAUUUUUCUUUGACUCAAAUAGGUAAGGAACAAGUCCAAUAGUGCUGACAGCAGUGGAAUUUAAAACUCAAGUCUAAUAAUCUCUGAGUCCCGAAGGAAUGCAAGGCAGACAUCCGUUCUAGUCACAGGCUUGUAACUGGGGAUUUGACAAAGGUUGAAUCCUUACCGUGUGCCAAGCACCAUGCUGUUUUGGCAUUUGGGAUAUUCUUUCAAAGAAGACUUCAUCCUUGCUCAUCAAGAAAUAUGAUGGGUUGGCCUAGAGAUGCCCUUUGCCAAACUUGACUCAUCCGUCUUAAUUAACUGGAGAAGUUGGUUAAAAAUCCAGGUCCCUGGGCCUUAGGCCUGGAGAUUCUGAUUUAUUAAGCCUGUGAGAAGCCUGGGAAUAUGGAUGCCCAAAGACUCAUGGAAUUGGAGUUUACUGACCUACAUAAUUUUUUUAGGAUUUUUUUUUUUCUGACCCAAGAUUCAGUAGUUUUAGAAUCAUCUGGUUUAUAGUCAUUUGUGAAUUUCUAUCAGUAAUUUUUCUGUGUAUUUUGUCACAAAGAAAAUACUGCUUGAUUUAACCCAACUAUUCUAGGAAAGAACCUUCAGAGGGCCAGACGCCCGGACUGGCUUCUCUCUUGGUGGCCACAGUCUCCGUAUGAUGCCUCCAGCUUCCAUCCAUGUUGCCUCAACUAUUACACUGUGCUGUUUUUGGAAUCCCUGCAAUUACCCUCCUAAAAACCAAAUGACAUUACUUUGGUCAUCUACCACUUGGGUUCCCUGUCCCUCUGGAUAAAGCCCAUCUAAGCUUGUUAUUAUAACAUGUGAGAUUCAUGAAAUCUGCGUCUCAAACCAUCAUUCAGGCCUCAUUCUCAAGCGCCCAUCCCCUGCACCCACCUUUAUGAUUAGGAAUGGCCUCUUGAGCCUUUCCCUUACUGUUUAUCCUUUAUGUGGAAUAUUACCUCUUCGCUCUCCAUUUGGCAAACUCAUUUCCUUUAAGACCCACACAAAUGUCACCUUCCCUCCCAGUCAAAAUUACUCACUCCUUCCUCUGAGCUACUACAGCAUUUUGUUUGUACCUUUAUUAUUUCCCUGUUCAUGUUGUGUUGUAGUGUGUCUGUUCUAAUGUCAGUCUUUCCCAUUAGAUUCCAAGAACCUUGGCUCAUUCAUUCCGUCUUCCUAGUGUUAACAAUCAUGCCCAAAGCACCAGGUUCUGCAGAAAUGUAAUUGAAUGAAUAAAUGCAUGAUUGUGCUGGCCAAUCCUGGAAGACAAGAAGAUUCAUAAUCUAAUGAUAGGGAUGGCUUCCUCAGAAGUGCAUUUUCAUUCCCAUAGACAGGUUGCCCAAUGGGGACAAAAUACAAUGCCCACCUUUCUGCCUCACUCUAAGCAGGUUUGUCAGGCGAAUGCCUGCUGGUUAACCCAACCCUGAUCAGCAUCAAGCACUCCAAACCACACAUGAGGCAAUUCAGAUGCCACACUGGAAGAUCUGUUUAAAGAAGAAAUAAUUCCACUUGAUGGUCUAUCUUUCUUGGCACUGAGUAAAACCAUCAGUUAAGUAGAUGUGCACGCAGAUGUGGUUAACCAUAGAAUGAGAACUUAACUCGUACCAUUAACUUUGUGUAUCUUUCUUGGCUUAAUUAAAGAGAGCGAAGCAAAGAACUUGUGAAAAUUUUGUGCAUUUGUACUCUCAUUUUUUUGCCCUUUGCUUUUAUUUUGUUGAUUUUAUCUCAGGCACAUGAUUUCCUGAUGGAGAUAUCUGAGGAGCCAGGGCUCUCCAGAGAGGAGAAAAGAAGACCUGAAAUCAUAACUCUUUAAUCACUCUGUCUCCACAAAGCAGGAUCCACCUUAGUGUUCAUGACGUGCACAUGAAGAACAUUUGAAGGUUACGAUAAAUUCUAAACUUUCCAGGUUUAAUGUGGUCAUAAUGGUGA